AUGUGUGUACAAAACAGUUAGUCCAUUUCCAACUCUCAGCCGGUGGAGUUCUAGUUUUUGGAAAUCUCUCAAGUUAAAAUUGGUGUACCAAGCUAUCAGAAAAGUUGAUCGAAAAUGGAGUGUUUGUUGUUAGUUGUGGUGCUUACUUUGGCUGGCGCUUCCAGAGCAUACGAGUUUCAAAAAACUAAUCUUGGCGAUUGCAUAAGGGUACCCGCAACAAAUUGGACCUGGCCGGAUGGUUUGAUCAGUAGAUGGUUGAUAUAUCCAACUUCUUUCAAAUCAGUUUUCGACGACCCCUGCAGAUCAUCAACCGUAUUUCAAAAUUUGUCUAUAGACACUUCUUACACUAUCAUACAAAGUAAAUAUGAGUAUGUGACCCAUAUUUGGAUUGAUCGCAGUAUUUUACAUAAGGCUGAUAUGAGUUACUUUAAAGCUAAGACACUAAGAAUAUCGAACUCAAUUUUAGUUGAGUUGAGCCUCCCAAGUUCUUUGAGCGCUGUUUAUUUUCAAAAUGUUUCUAUGAAAGGGUUUCCUUCGUAUUAUUCUGACAAUUUGCGCACGUGGUCGGGAAACAACAUUUCUAUAAAAAGUUUAGAUUUGGACAGCUUCAACAAAGGAUCUUUAAAAUCUCUUGAAAUUACCAAUGGAUAUCUGUCUUGGUUUAGAGUUGGUAGUCCUUUCCACUCUCUUGAAAAUUUAGACCUUCACGAAAAUAAACUUCAAACGCUUCCAAAUGAUCUUGAUAAUCUAUUAGCUGUCGAAAAACUAAAUUUUUCAAAAAAUCGACUUGAGUUUUUAGAAAUGGACCUCUUUGAUGGACUUGAAAGUUUAAAAGUGCUGGAUCUUAGCUUCAACCGCCUAACUGUGAGCACUUAUUCUCCACUGGUACUUCCAGCUCUUGAACGUCUCUCUCUGAAUGAUUGUGACUUAAAAUCGCUGAAUGUAUUGUAUUGGCAAAUGCCAAAUCUUGAAGUACUAAACGUGGAAAAUAACUACAUGCUCAGUAAUAUUAACCAUUUGCGAAACCAUUUUUCGGAGGACACCAUCAUCCAGAUUUCCAAUGUUGAAAAUUGGUGUUGCGAUUGGUUGGCAGACGUGGCGAUGCAUUUUAAACUUGAACAAAGACCAUCUGAAAAUGAAAACGGCCGUUGUCGUGCCUGUUUAGUAAAUCCAUUUAAUGAUCCAACUCCUUCUCGAAGUGGUGGGCAGUUGAGUAGAAGCAUUAAGGAGGUAAAUAGACGUCUUCAGGCAAUUAUUGAUAAGUUAUAGGUCAACGUAUAAUCAAACGAACGAAAAAACGGCUCUGAGAAAGGUUUCGAACAUUGUAUGUGAAAUAUAAUCUAGUUUAAGCACCCACUUU